AAAUACAAAUAAUUUUAGCCCAGCGGUCUCUGUAUCUCCCUGCCUUUCCUCCUCUGUAAAGAAAGUCCGCGUGGUCCAGACGCUGCUCCGGUUCAGCGCUGAUUUCAACAAUUAACUCGACCGGGGGGACAAGAUGGCGGCCAUGUACGAGAAGAGUGACAUGAAGAGUGGAAUGCUGGAUGAUGGAGCGCCCAUUCACCGCAUCCGGAUCACUCUCACAUCCAGCAACGUAAAGUCCCUGGAGAAAGUGUGCUCCGAGCUGGUACGAGGGGCCAAGGACAAACAGCUGAAGGUGAAGGGACCCGUUCGCAUGCCGACCAAGACCCUGCGUAUCACCACCAGGAAGACCCCCUGUGGUGAGGGCUCCAAGACCUGGGACCGUUUUCAGAUGAGAAUUCACAAACGCGUCAUCGAUCUCCACUCUCCGUCUGAAAUUGUCAAGCAGAUUACCAGCAUUAGUAUCGAGCCAGAUGUGGACGUGGAGGUGACCAUUGCCGAGUGAGGUCCUGUUGCGUCCUCCAGGGUCAGGUCGUCACUGGGUGGUGAAUAAAUCCAGCCAGUCGCUCA